UGAGAAUGAGGCGUUGUGGAGGGAAGUAGCCAGCUUGAGGCAGAAGCACGCUCAGCAGCAGAAAGUUGUCAAUAAGCUUAUCCAGUUUUUGAUUUCAUUGGUGCAAUCCAACCGUAUUCUUGGGGUGAAGAGGAAGAUCCCCCUGAUGUUGAACGACAGCAGUUCAGCACAUUCCAUGCCGAAAUACAGUCGCCAGUACUCCCUGGAGCACGUCCACGGCUCAUCCCCAUACACAGCUUCUUCCCCAGCAUAUAGUGGCUCCAACCUGUAUUCCCCGGAUUCUUCAGCCAACUCUGGUCCCAUUAUCUCUGACGUGACCGAGCUAGCCCAGUCCAGCCCUUCAGCAUCUCCCAGCGGCAGUCUCGAUGAAAGGAGUAGUCCUGUGGUCCGUAUCAAAGAAGAACCCCCUAGUCCCGCCCGCAGCCCCCAGAUAGAGGAGGCCAGCCCAGGGAACCCUCCUGCUGUUGAAACUCCUCUGUCCCCCUCCACGUUCAUUGACUCCAUCCUGCAGGAGAAUGAACCCAGCACUACGACCGCUGCAGCCGGCGACAGCACCACACAGCCUCAGCCCCAGGAAAAGUGCCUCAGCGUUGCCUGCCUCGACAAUUUGACUCGCACUUCGCAGAUGUCAGAGGUCACUCGUCUUUGCCCCAGUUCUUCCUCUUCCUCACUUCAUUGCAGAUCACAGCAAGGGUUAGCAUUUCAAUAG